AUGGGUACUACGAUGAGUUACACCAACAACCCGUACUAUAAAGACGGUGGAUACUACGAGGGCUACGACCAAAGACGCGACGAGAAUUGGAGCCAUGAUUACAACAAAUACGGUCAGGAAGACACUCCUGAUAGCUAUGGCAAAAGUACACGCUGGCAGACCGGUUCUCAGGAAGAGUUAGAGACAGGCCAAGCAAGCUUCAUGAGAUCCCACAGGGCCAUGGUAGCUCAGCAGGAUGACGGUUACUAUGAUGAGCAAAACAGCAGCUACUAUGGAGAUAUUCCGCCGGCCUUCCGAGAUCGCGCCUUUUCACAAACACCGGAGACCGUGAACAGGUCAUCCAGAAACUCCAUCCUGAACGAACAGUUAGACUACAAUAACGCUACCCCUUUCAUGCAGCGCCUUCAUGAACCGUAUCCUGCCUGGACUUCUGACGGCGAUAUCCCGCUUACCAAAGAAGAGAUCGAGCAGAUCUUCGUCGAUCUCACUGACAAAGCAUCGCGCAUGACCCCCAACCAGUCACUACUAUCUUUGCACGCCGACUACAUCGGUGGAGACAAUGCGAACUACAAGAAGUGGUAUUUUGCAGCGUUUCGAGGCCUCGAUCGCGGUACUGGAUCCUCCAAAUCAAAAAAGGCGAAGGCAAAAAAAGCGGGCAAAAAGCCUACGACUCAGAAUGAAGUUCAGGAUGAUACCUCCAUUGAAGAUGACGACGAUUCUCUCGAAACAGCCGAGUCUCGUUGGAAGUCUCGUAUGAACCACCUGUCCCAGUACGAUCGUACAAGACAGCUAGCACUAUAUCUCCUUUGCUGGGGUGAGGCUAACCAGGUGCGAUUUAUGCCGGAGGCCUUAUGUUUUAUUUACAAGUGUGCCGAAGACUAUCUCAACUCCGCGGCCUACGACCGUCAAGUUGAACGAGCUGAGGACUACAGCUACCUUAACAACGUCAUUACCCCAUUAUACCAAUACUGCCGCGACCAAGGCUACGAGAUUCUCGAUGGCGUAUAUGUACGCCGGGAGAAGGAUCAUCAUCAGAUCAUUGGAUAUGAUGACUGUAACCAACUUUUUUGGUACCCUGAGGGAAUCGAGCGUAUUAUUCUUGAAGAUAAGACGAGGCUCAUUGAUCUGCCUUCAGCUGAGCGGUAUAUCAAUCUCAAAGGCGUCAACUGGAAGAAGUGUUUCUUCAAGACUUACAGAGAGACUCGUUCGUGGUCACACCUCUUGACGAACUUUAACCGGAUCUGGGUCAUUCAUAUAUGCAUGUUCUGGUUCUAUACCGCUCACAACGCUCCCACUCUUCUGGUCCACAACUAUGAGCAGCAAGUGAAUCAGCAACCUCCGGCGUCGGCUCAGCUGUCCAUCGUGGCCCUGGGAGGUGGCCUGGCAGCGCUUAUACAGAUACUCGCCACAUUGGCAGAAUGGACAUUCGUGCCCCGGAGAUGGCCCGGAGCUGAGAACUUGACUGUGCGUCUCGUAGUCCUGAUCGUUGUAUUGAUCAUCAAUAUCGCGCCAAGCGUCUACAUCUUCAUGCCCGCUAGUAACGACGCAGCCUACCAAACUAAGCAAGAAAGCAAAAUUGCGCACAUCCUUGGAGUCGUGCAGUUCCUUAUCGCCAUUGGGACCUAUAUCUGGUUCUCAAUCAUGCCGCUACGUGGCCUCUUCGGCAAUUUUUUCAUUAAGGCACACAAACAUACAGCUAGCAAAAGCUUUACCGCAAGCUUUCCUGCUCUAGAUCCUAACGACAGGGUCGUAUCAUUUGGGCUAUGGCUUACCGUGUUCGGUGCUAAGUUCGGCGAAUCAUACGUUUAUCUUACGUUAUCGAUCCGCGACCCUAUCCGAUAUCUGUCUAUCAUGGAUGUCUCUACUUGCCUUGGAGAUUCUAUCAUAGGCAACGUACUAUGCAAAAGACAACCUACUAUCCUUCUUAUCCUAAUGAUCGUUACCGAUCUUGUCUUUUUCUUCCUCGAUACCUACCUAUGGAAGCACUGUCUUGACACCAUGGCGAAACAUAUUCUUACGACUCCCUAA